AUGAAGCGGUCCUUGCGGAAGCUGGGCGGCGACGCCGGGAAGGCGCCCCUGCCCUUGGCCGCAGCUGAGUCCAUCUCCAAUGAGACUGAUGCACGACCGACACUGAAGUCGCGCAAGUCGUUCCGGGACCUCGUUCCGAAGCGGUCGCCGUCCAAGCACCACGAGAAGGCGUCGUCCAAGGACGAGAGCUCGGGCAAAGACGAUAUUGGCGCCGCGUUCGUACUCUGUGUAUACGUUACCGAGUCGACGUGCUCUACUAGUAGCGAAAUCAAACAAUCUCCGAGCGCACAAGACGGCGAGAACACAUCGCCGCCGCGGCUGCAACGCAACAGCCCGUCAAGCAAGUCGUUUCGCAACUUGCUCUUUGGCAAGAAAGACGCUCCGAGUGACCACGCCCCGACCGCCGAUGCGAGCGCUGCCCGAGACGAGGCUCCGUUGCCGUCAGCGUUACAUAUGCCAAUCACACACGCCGAGAGCGAUCCAGCCACCACGCCAUCAGCGAGUGCGGCUUUGACGACCAGCACGAAACUGGCCGAGGUGGAGCGCCAGCCGCUGCACCGCGCGCGCAAAGACGCAGGCUCCGCGGGCCUCCGCAAAGCCACGCCGCAGAACCAGCCCGAAGUGCACCUUCUCGGCGAUCUUGUCGGUGGCUCGGGCUUUGACACUGGCGCCAGCUACGUAUGCAAGUGGCGUGUCGACUAUGGGGAGGCGUGGCAACACGUGUGCGGCAAAGAAGUUGGCCAAACCCACGUCGACACGCCGAGCGUCGGCGACGAGGUUAUUUGGGCCCAUCCCAUCGACGUACUCUGGACAACAUACUCGAUGCAGGGCUGGCCGCGACUGCUCGUGCAAGUGUGGACCGUUGACGAGCAUGGCAGUGCACACGUCUGCGGGUACGGCUUUGCCCACGUGCCGUCGUCGCCGGGGCACCACCUCGUGACGAUUGGACUCUGGCGUCCCUUGGGCUCGGAGCACCAAGAGUUGGCAGCACUCUUUCUGGGUCAAACGACAGAGCUCCUCGGCGACGAUGUCGUGUUCAACAGCGCGUGGGCGGAUCGAUGCCGACUGCGCACCAUCGCGUCAGGCCAGGUGCAUUUCGAGGUCCACGUCAUCCUGCGCCACUUUGUCGUGGAGGCCUUCCGCUUUUAGAUUCGUGGAUAAGAAAUGAGAAAAGAAAUCACGUUUGGGGUCGUUG